CGUGUCAUGGAGGCUCAGUCAACGAGCAGCCAUUGAAGGGGAAGGAACUGUGGCGUGCGUGUGUGUGUGCGCGCGCGCGCGCGUGUGUGUGCGUGUUUGUGCGUGCGUGUGAGUGCGCGCGAGUGUGUGGACGAGGAGGUGGGGGCGGCCGACUUAAGAGUCCCAACUCCUUGGACUCCAUUUGCUAUUCUCUUCUUUCUCCCCCACACCUAUCUGGAGGUAGUGGGCGUUUAUAUUUGCUUUUCUUUUCAUUCAUUUCCAGAUCUUUUACAAUUUAAGGGUUGGGGGUAGUGGGAAAGGCAGGAAAGGGUCAGGGAAGGAGUAGUAGCAGCCGAGCAGGAGGAGGACAUGGAGAUGAAGAAGAGGAUUAACCUGGAGUUAAGGAACAGAGCCCCGGAGGAGGUGACAGAGUUAGUCCUUGAUAAUUGCCUGUGUGUCAAUGGGGAAAUUGAAGGCCUGAAUGAUACUUUUAAAAAACUAGAGUUUCUGAGUAUGGCUAAUGUGGAACUAAGUUCACUGGCCCGACUGCCCAGCUUAAAUAAACUUCGAAAGUUGGAACUUAGUGACAAUAUAAUUUCUGGUGGUUUGGAAGUCCUGGCAGAGAAAUGUCCAAAUCUUACUUACCUCAAUCUGAGUGGAAAUAAAAUCAAAGAUCUCAGUACAGUAGAAGCUCUGCAAAAUCUUAAAAAUUUGAAAAGUCUUGACUUGUUUAACUGUGAGAUCACAAACCUGGAAGAUUACAGAGAAAGUAUCUUCGAACUGCUGCAGCAAAUCACGUACUUAGAUGGAUUUGAUCAGGAGGAUAACGAAGCACCAGAUUCAGAAGAGGAGGAUGAUGAGGAUGGAGAUGAAGAUGAUGAAGAGGAAGAAGAUGAAGCUGGUCCACCUGAAGAAUAUGAAGAAGAAGAGGAGGAAGAAGAGGAGGAUGAGGAUGAGGAUGAGGAUGAAGCGGGCUCGGAAUUGGGAGAGGGAGAAGAGGAAGUGGGCCUCUCAUAUUUAAUGAAAGAAGAAAUCCAGGAUGAAGAAGAUGAUGAUGAUUACGUUGAAGAAGGGGAAGAAGAGGAAGAAGAGGAAGAAGAAGGUCUUCGAGGGGAAAAAAGGAAACGAGAUGCUGAAGAUGAUGGAGAUGAAGAAGAUGACUAGAUCAUUCUAAGACCAGAUUCCCUAAUGUUCCUGGGUGUGCAAUAGAGUGAUCACAUCUUCUUUGUUUCUUCAUGUACCAUAGCGAUCCCUACAGAAGAUAACCUGUAACUUUUUAUAGGAAAAGUGUGGUUUUACUAUUUUUGCCUUAUCAUUCCAAAUAAGAUUUACUAGUCUGUUAAUGAUCAUAUUGUAUGUAGAGAAAAAAAUUUUCAUUGACCCCAUUGUGAAAUUCUCUAGCAAUUUAUUUAGAAUCUUCAUUUUUCUCAUUCAAGCUCACUGUAUUAGUUAUUUUUAGCCCAUAAUUAAAAACAUGAUCACUUUUACACAGGCGUAGUUUGGUGCAUUUCAUUCAUAAGGUUUUAAAGUUAUUUAUGAGUUAACUGAAAUCACAGUCGGCUGGAAUAUGAAAUGAAAAUAAUCUCUUGACUGAUAAGUUGAUUAUAUUUUUAGAGGUGACCCAGAGAUCUCUAGCUUGAAGGCAAUGACCUUUUGGGGGAGGGCUAAGGGUAUUUGGGUGCUUUUUUGUCACAUCAGUAACUUAGAAAGUAGGAAAAUAGCAAAGGUUCUAUUCAACAAUAUAGUUCAUGGCUUUUGUGGAGGCUUCUGAAACCUUUUAAGCCAGGUGACUAAUAUUUUAUUUUUGAAGGAAAAUUGGUUGUACAAAGUUCAGAUUCAUGCAGCUGAGCCUUUGUUUUUCAAGCUGAAGAUCACAAAAUAUCAACGGUUGUUUAUUUUGUUUUCAAGUGCACAUUCUUUAUUUUCCUCCCAGCUAUUCCUUUAUGAUGACUUCCAUUUCUUGUUUCACCCCCCCUUUUUUAAAAAGAUUUUAUUUAUUUAUUCAUGACAGACACACAGAGAGAGAGGCAGAGACACAAGCAGGCUCCAUGCAGGGAGCCUGACAUGGGACUCGGUCCUGCGUCUCCAGGAUCAGGCCCUGGGCUGAAGGCGGUGCUAAAUCGCUGGGCCACAGGGGCUGUCCCCGUCCCUCUAUCUCAAAAAUGUUGGGAAACUUAUGGCUACCAAGGAAAAACUUUAUUUAGUCUUUUACACUUUAACCACCUUUUCAGACUGUCUCAUUUUUAAAUAAGCUAAGUGAAAGAAAUAGAAUAUUUUCUGAGAUACAAAUAUUAUCAAUACAGUAUUUGCAAUAGAUUCUGCUUAUUGUAAAUCUUUCUUGGUUGAGAAGAUGUACAGACUGUAUUAAUAGGGUAAAGAAGGAAAAGCAGAGGAAGCUUUCAGAAGCAGCAUUAAUGUUCCUCAAAAGUCUGAACAAUUGCCUGCCGAUAAUUAAUGAGACAUGCAAGUCAAAUUUUCAAGUUAGCUUCCCAAAUGAUUUAGAUACCACACUUCAAAAAUAUUUCUAAUUUUUCUGAGUAGAACUUUUAAUUAUUCUUCCUAUAAUUUUAAGGUAUUACCAGAUAUAGCAUUUAAUUGGAAUAUACUGGGCAGUUGGAAAAAUAUUUGAAAGUAAAUAUUAAAAUUAAGAUUUGUUUCCAAGUGGAAGUCCAUUAAAAAUAGAAAAAUAUUUGGGUUGGGUGUGUUUCUUUACAUGGCUACUAAAUAUAAUAAUAUGAGUAGACAAGUAUAUCUCCCUUUUUUGUUGUGGAGGCUCCAUGCUCAAGGCAAUUGCUUUUUAAUACUUGGCUAAAUUGUUUUCCCCUUUGUUUUGAAUAUCUGUAAGCUUUUUUAAAGUUAGCAUCAGCAAAUUAAUUGAAGUUAUACUUCUAUACUGGGACACAUCUCAAUUACUGAGUAAAGAAUUUAUUUUUCAGUUUCAGAUGUAUGACUUGGGGUUUUAAAGUAAAAAUUACAAAGUUAUUUGUGAGUAAACUAAAGUUGCACAAGUGACUGAAAUAAAACUUGUGGAAUAGGUUUAGUGGGGGGAUUGAAAUCUCCAAAAGGCCAACAUUUUACUCCUUUUUUAAUAGUUGAAAUACCCUGUUUUAGUCCCUAAGAAUUCUCAUUGCAUAGUAUAUGCCAGACUAUAAAAUACUUAUUUUUAAAAUGAAAUCUAUAUAUUGACUUUCUUAUCAAUCAUCUUAUUGUGCAAUCAGAAUUAGAUUUCUUUGAUUUGAAAACAACAUUUAGAGCCUCCAAAUAACUUUUCAAAGACUUAUUCAGCUUUGUGGGUGGUAUUUUCAUGCAAACAAGUAAGGGUGGGUUUUAUAUUUUGUAGAAGUUUUUGGUCCUAUUUUAAUGCUCUUUGUAUGGCAGUAUGUAUAUAGUGUGUUAAAUUCCUCAAAACUCUUCUUUAAAAACUUUGAAGUUAAUACUUUUGUGUAACUGUGUUUUGAAUAAAGCCAUGACAGUGUUUAAAAAAAAAAUGCAGCACUCCUGAUUAUUUUUAUUGUUUCUGACUGUUUCAAACCUGUUUUUUUUCUGUGACUGCUGUAAUUUAAAGUUUUUGAAAUUGAAUUGCUUCAAAUAAAUGGAGGAUUUGUUGUUAA